CCUGGCUAGAGGAAAUUCAAUUGACUUUUCGACAACAUCAUGAGUGAAUAAUCAACUGUUUCCUGUCGUGUGCAGUUCUGGCGUGCAUCCUACUUCAACUUGAUUUAGAUAACGCUGAUUGCAAAGUAACAAAGGAAAUCACGUGGAUAUUUGCUCGCUUUUAGAAUUCUGAGGAAUUGAUAAACUUUUCUGAAAAUUACACAUUUUUUAUAGCACUGUUAAUUACUUAAUAAUCUUAGAAAGGCUUGGCGAUUCAAGACUAUUGCAAAUCAACGUUUUGAAAUGUGGAGACAGCCUAACGAGAUUUUCAUGGUCACGUUUCUCCUAAUUCUGAUUUUUUCACCAGUAACUCCGCUUGCACUUCAACGCUUCAACUGUCCAAAAAGCUACACAUUUCCAAACGCUCGUCUUCGAGGUGGUCUCCAAGCUGGUAAGUUUAAAAGACUAGGUCCUCCAGAUGAUACCGAGCUUUGUGUUCAGCGGUGCUGUGAUCAGAGGUCAUGCGACCUAGUUGCGUGGAUUGGUGAACACUGUUACUCAGUGUCUUGUUUCAGCCGUGAAUUAUGUACACCAGUGAGGUUAGCAAGUUACAACAAAGGCAUGAGGCUCUUGUAUAUCGCAUCGAGAGAAGACGCCGAAGACGAAGUUGAACCCAAUCGAAGAGAAGUCAAUGAUAUUUUCCACUCGUCACAAAGUGAUACUCGCUCAUUCAACAUUUCAAAGAAGACAUCGUUGAUUGAGGAUGGAGACCUGGCAGUUAAGAAGUCCACUACCGAAGAUAGAAGAAUUAUUCGCUCGUUGGAGGAGAUUGAAGACGAAGAACAUUCUGGUUCCAUUGAAAAGAAUGGUAUCAACGAAAGUGCCAACAACAGCCACGAAACUAUAUUGUUCAGCGGAAAUUUUUAUGAACGCGGCUCAGAAAGUAUGAACUUCAAAAUGGAACAGCCCUCUGGCGGGGAGGACUGGGAAGGAGGCCUACUUAAUGAGUCAGGAACCGAGCAGGACGAUGACGUCACUGAUGACAUAAUUCAGACACAAACUCACCCAGUGACUGCGGUGAAAAGAACAGAAAUGGCGUCUGUGGUCAGUCCCAGCGAUAUAGAAGAAUUUGAAUCCAGUUCGCAGUCCGGUAGCGCAGAAAGCCUACUAGAUGACAGAAUAGAAGAGGAAUUGAGACAAGAAGGAGGGGAAGAUUCCUCCGCUGAUUUUAGUUCUUUAGGUUCAGCAUUCAUUCUUGACGAAAAGCAUGCAGACGGGUCUGGUAAAAUAAACAGAACGAUCAUGCGAGAGGUUCAAAGUAAUUUGCGUAAGGUGUGGCGCUAUGCUGCGGCCGGUAAGAGCCUCGGAAUGAUGUCCAAGGGACCAAAGAGUAAGGAGCAGGAGCAAAAGGCCCAAGAGAUUUAUAACUUGGUAAUAAAACAUGAAUCUGAGUUUGUCAAUCAGCACAGAAUGAAGCCAAAGGAAUCCGUAAAGGGUGAGAGUGGUGCAUCAGGCUCGGAAGACGCUGAUCAGCACAAGGCACGUGAUGAUUCAUGGGGUGGAGGAGAGGAUGAUUCAGAUGAAAAACAUGAAUCAGGAUCUGGUAUUUUACGCGAAAGUGAAGAGGAAGCACUGGUAGAGUCGGUGGAAAACGACAUCUCUGGAGAGAGUAGUGGACUGUCGGAUUCUUCGAAGUUGCCUAGUGACAGUGGCAGUGGUUCAGGAAUCAAAAUUAAUAGAAAACUGUUGAAAGAAGUUGAGCAAAACUUGCACAAAGUUUGGAGAUAUGCAGCUCCUAAAAAGGACUUAGACAUGGUCGCUAAAGGACCCAAAGGAGAGGAAGAGUUAGAGAAAGUGAAAAAGAUUUACAAUAUGAUCAGUAAACAUGAGUCUGGCUCAGCAUUUAUAGAUUAUGAGAUGCGAAAGAAAGGAAAACCUUUGAAUGAUGGUAGGAAAACACCAGGGAGUCAUCGAAGGCAUAAAAGCCGCAAAAGUAGGGUUAAGAUAAUAGGAACAGGACACAAUGGCACUGAAUCAAAGCUUUAUACACUACAGAAAGCAAGGAAAUAUCGGUAUAACCAGGACUUGAAAAAUCUAAAACCCUGGGGCAUGGGAAUGGAAAAGUCUGGGCAUAAACCCAGUGUGAUGUAUACAAAGAAAAUCGGUCGGAAAGACAAGGCCGCUAGGAACAAACAGAAUGCCCUAACUAUCCUUCGACAAGAAAUGAAAGAUUUAGCCGAAAAUUUAAACGAAAACUCUGGUCCCAAGAAGUAUAACGACACUUCUAAAGUGCCUAAGCUUGCUAACUCGAAGUCGGAUGGAGGUAAGAGUGUAGGAGACAGUCAUGAAGCUAAAUUAAAGCAUGCAACGAGCAGCGCGGGAGAUAAUUCUUUAAAAUUUAAUGAACACAAACAUGUAUCACUUGAUAAGACACAGCUAGAAAUGGGUAAAACGUUAGAGGAGCUGAUUUUGACCAGAAUGGCCCAGUUGCAAAGUCAAAGGAAACACAAAAAGAGGAAGGGAAAACAAGAGCAUUUAAAGGAUAAACACAAGAAUGAGGAAAAAGCAGAAAUGGUAAAAGAAGCUUCAAAGGGAUCUUUUUGCUGCUGGCUGAAAAGUGCCAUACCAACACCCAUCCGGGACCAGGAACACUGUACAUCCGGAAUUGUGCACCGCGAGAGCACAAGACAUCCGCCGUCUGGCAUGCGAUCAGCGGUUCCUCUAGGAGGACUGGGCACGGGCUCGUUUGAGUUACGCGCAGACGGAACGAUUCACGAAUGGACGCUCGAGAACCAGUCUCCCGGAGGUUCAGCUAAAUUGAACAAGGGAGCGCUAAAUUUGGCAGUGUUUGGAGUAAGAGUGUCAGAAGUGAAUAAAGAUAAGAGCAAGGCAGCGCUGCUGAGAAUCCAUGCUCCCCAUGGGUACCCUGGAGUGGACAGGUUGUCAUACUCUGGAUCUUACCCAGUCAGUAAAUUAACCCCCGGUGGUUCAAUAACAGAGAACGUUGACAUGAGUCUAUACGCCUUUUCAUCAUUUCAUGUGAGACACCGUUACAAGUCUGCGGUCCCAGCAGUUGCUUUUACUUUAGGCAUGCGGAAUAAGGCUGACAGACCUUUGAAUGUGUCGUUCAUGUUUAACUUGCCGUUAGGACAACAGGAGGAUACAAUUCGUGUCGGAGAUAAUUAUGGCGAAGUUGUAUUCACAAGAAUGAUAAAACCUUCGGACUGUGCGCACGCGUGUUCAAAGAUGCCCAAAUGUAUGUCAUGGACAACCAAUGGACCUACAUCGUGUCUGUUGAAGGACAAAAUGCCCCUUCACGCCUGGGCCACCGGCAUCGUAUCAGGCCUGAAGGGAGAAUGGUCUGUGAAAGACUCCAUGUUGACUUGCCACAGGCCCGGGUUUUUCCCUCAGAGCGGUAGCACAACACUAUAUGCAGUUGACGAUGAAGAUAGUUCGGGAUCUUUUGCCGUGGCUGACGACUUUGGAGACAUUUGGAAAAAUUUCUCAAACACAGGAAAAAUUGGCACUACAGAAUCUCUAAAUAACACUGGGCUUUAUGGUGCAGCGUCUGUGAUGACACAGCUCCAGCCGGGAGAGAAGAAAUCUUUGACCUUAAUUUUGUCGUGGUAUUAUCCCAACCGUGAUGUGGCCAAAGUUCACGUCGGUAAUCUGUACUCAGCCUUGUUCAAAUCCAGCCAGGAUGUGGCAAACCACAUGCGCAAGGAUCUGCUCCAGUCGGUAAUGGAUAUUCGUUCGUGGCAUGAACCGAUCGUGGGAUCUACACCUGCAAGAAAGGAGCCAAUCAAUGACAAGGUUAAGCAUAUACCCAAAGGUCCGGACGAGAACAGAGUCAAUGAACUUCCUGAUUGGCUAAAAGAUUUGCUCGUCAAUAGUAUGAGCUUCUGGAGGUCUGGAUUCUGGGCCGAAGAUGGAAGAUGGCGACAGUGGGAAGCUUUUGACUGUAAUGAUAUCGACACCAUUCAAAAUGACAUGCAGAGAAUUAUUCCUUACACUCUCUUCUUCCCAGAAUUAGUGCGAGAACUUCUGACGGCUUGGGCCGACAAUCAAUACUCAAGUGGUAUGCUACAAGAGGCGCUUACUUCCGGUUGUCUGGGACCAACAGGGAAGCUGGAUUACUCCGGCGGCCGAGUGAUGGCGGACACAACAGCUAUGUUUGUGGUUGGACUUUACCACUAUUUCCAAUGGACCGGGGACCAGGCUACUCUCGACCGACUUUGGCCAGCGGCUAAAAGAGCAAUGGCCUGGGUCAUGGUGGAUUCCACUAAAGGUACUGGCCUUCCUUUUAGGAAAGUUAGCACGUACGACAUCGUAGCACUUGACAAAUAUGACCACGACGCCUACAACUCUUUUGUGUAUCUCUUGGCCUUGAGAGCCGCGCAAGAAAUGGGAACGAUAAAAAACGAUACCAAGUUUACUUCGAGCAUUCAUCGUGCUUUUAAUCAAGCGCAGAAACGCAUCGACGUUGAACUGUGGGACGAAAAUAAGCAGUAUUACCAUGCCUGGUGGGACAUGGAAUAUGGCUCUCCUGAGUGGAUCAUGUCAGAUUCCUUGUAUGGUCAAGUCUGGGCUUACUCUCUUGGUCUUGGGGAUCUGGUACCUCGUAGUAAACUGAAAGAACAUUUGUUAAGCGAAGUUGAGAGAAAUGAUUCCCCUUUUGGUCUGAAGGUUUUGAACACAGGUGAAACAGAAAUCACACAGGAGGACACAUCAAUCAUUUUAAGCCACCAUGUUCCCGGAUGUAAAUCGUUAGAGAAUAUAACGAAGCAUAAUUCAGUUUGGAUGGGUGCAGACGCCGACUGGUCCUCUCUUAUGCUGCAUCUAGACACAGACCCCAUAAUUGCGCUAAACCGCGCCAAAAAAUCGCUCGAUCAUUGGCGCUCAACGCUCAAUGAUCAAUGGAAUAUUCAUGGCCUCAUUUCAAGCAGUGGUUAUGGACUUGACGGGCUGCCUUGGGCCACUUCUCACUAUUCUUUCCACAUGGUUCUAUGGCAUAUACCUCUCGCAGUGUCAGGCCAGCAGUACUUUGCUCCCAAUGCAUCACUGACUUUCUGGCCCAAGUUUCCAAUUCCGUUUAGUUUACCUUUCUUCACGCCCAGAGCGUCGGGGAUAAUUGAGGGAGCAUACGUUAAGGGAAAUGACAGAGAAGAAGAAGACAGUGAAGAGGAAGAAAUGUUUACGUUUACUAUCAAAUCAGGUGAGAUUACCUUAAAAGAACUCUCAAUCCUAGGAAGCAGGUAUGGAGAGGGUGAAAUAUCAAUCAAGCAAGGAGAAACAGUCACGUGGUCACGGCCAAAGCAAGAUGUGAAAAACAUUUUACAACAGUUGUGAAGACGUCACGCUACUCCAUAUUGAACUUUCGCGCACGAUUAGGAUAGCAGGUUUCGAUCAAAGCUUCACCCGAACUGUAAUAUAUUUUUUUUAUGUACGAAUAAUCAUGAAUACAGUAAUUUAUUGGAUGAAGCACAGUUUACCUAACCCGACUAAAACAUCCUAGAUAUUUCAGUUCUUUUUUUAACUGAUUAUCAGGAUAUGUCUGCAUCUAUCAUUUUGCGCUUUUCAAGUAAACAGACAUCUUUUACCACAUCUCUCCUUACGCAAGAGGACAUUUAAGUGAUCCUCUUCGUGUAUACAGCGGCCAGUCGAACAGUUCUGUUUACUAAUCAUCCCGUGCAGCGUUUAAAUCCCAA